AUGGGAUCUCUGCUAAGACGUCUUGGGGCGAGCAUAACCCGUCUAAUAAGUUCCAGAGAGCUCGUUGGACGCGACAUCCACGGGAACAAGUACUACAGGUGGCCUGACACAAACUUGCAUGGCGAGCCGAUUGAGAAGCGGAUCAUAAAGACGCCAGACGGCCGCUAUGAUCCGAUCCUGGUGCCGCCAGAGUGGGUGCAGUGGCUGAAGCAGACGCGCGGCGAGCCGCCUUCCCCAGAGGAGAUCCUCCAGAUGGAGGCAAAGCGGCAGGCCAUAAGGGGCAGAGCAGCUGCGCUGGAUGCGGCGGAGGCGCAGCGCAGGUUCCAGGAAGCUACGCUGGGGCAGCAGGCGGAGCAGGCGGGGGGACCCAACCAGGACCGCUUUGUGCAGCAGCUCACCGGACGGGGGUAUGCGGCCGAGGAUGGAGCAGGAGUGUCUCAGCGGCGCAGUUCCCAAAGCAGCAGCGAUCCACCUCCAGAUGGACAAAGACCCCAAAGACCAACCGAUGGAGGCAAGGACAACUUUCAGGCUGAUGUGUGGAAGCCAGGGGGCUGACAGGCACUGGCUUUCUGGGCCACGAAAGGUGUUCCUUGUGUUCCGGCCAAUUCAUAGUUUUGUCAAUUUCCUAAGGCAGAAUUCUUCCUCAGCUACAAUUGUAAGAUUACUCAGGCUGGACAGAGUUGUAGGGUUACUCAGACGUCUGGACAGUCAUGACGCAUCGAUAAUGACGACGCUUGGACACUCCUGGACUGAGAUGUGCAAUCGCGGGAGCUGAGGGUUGCAAAAUUGCUAUUUGAUGCGUCGAACAGGCGCCCAGGCCACAUCAUGCAUGAUGCUGCUGCGGAUACAAUAGCUAGAUCUGGUCUAGAUCGGUGCCUGGACGCAAACGGUGUCAAUAGCAGGUGAUCUUGGCUGGCAACACGUGUAACUGUGAAUCGUCAUAC